CCCAAGAUAUAGGAGUCUUCAAGGGCCCAAAACCGUACGCCUGGAUCAAAUUCCCGCGCAUUUCUCCAUCUUCUCAUCAGAUGGUGAACUGAAGAAGACCGGGAAAUUUGAACCCUAGAUUUGAAAGAAGUAUGGAAGUCGACGAAGAUAAUAGGAGCGAUUUCGAGAAAGAAGAAGAGGAAGAAGACGAUUCAGUUUCCGAUCUCUUGAGAGAUCGCUUUCGUCUCUCCGCUAUUUCCAUUGCCGAAUCCGAAGCGAAGAGAAGCGGUAUGGAAAUUUCUCCACCGAUAGUAGCUUGUAUUGCCGAUUUGGCCUUCAAAUACAUCGGUCAGUUGGCAAAGGACCUUGAACUAUUUGCACACCAUGCCGGUCGUAAAUCUGUGACCAUGACAGAUGUCAUAGUUUCUGCUCAUAGAAAUGAACAUUUAGCUGCCUCGUUGAGGUCCUACAGCGAUGAGCUUAAAGCAAAAGAACCCCAAUCCGAAAGGAAGAGGAAGAAAGUACCUAGAAAAGAGGACAAGGGUAUCGACGGUAUGGUGAAUAUCCCCGAUCUUUGAUUCUAGGUUUCUCUUAAUAGGAGAUUUUAUGCAUAACCAACUCUUACCUGAAAGUACUGAACUAUACUUAUAUGUCAUUACACACUAAAAGCUUGUAAAAACUUAUGUUUAAUGGUAAUUCAAGUUGUAAUACAACCUAUUUACUAGUUGCAUGCUAGUGUCAA